CUGACACUCCCACCACUCCCUCUGCCAACCAGAGGGAGGACUGUCACUACCAAGUCAGGACUUCACUCUUCACUUUCUCUCCCAGUAAAGUGGCAUUCAUCACUGGCUUCUUGCAGCUCAAAGAGAAAGCCAGGUUCAGCUGGCGGACAGCUCUCCUGCAGAGCCAUGUUGCUUUGGUCGGUGUGGAGUGCAAUAUUGCUACUGACCCCGCUGGAAGCUGCAGAGGAGGACGGUGACGUCCGGGCAGGCUGCAGCACAGCUGUAAAUGACCUGGUGUAUAUUGUUGAUGGCUCAUGGAGUGUUGGGUUCUCUGACUUUGAUACGGCCAAGCAGUGGCUUAUCAACAUCACCAGCCAAUUUGACAUCAGCUCCCACUACACACAGGUGGCUGUGAUCCAGUACAGUGACACACCUCGUCUGGAGAUUCCUCUGGGGAAGCACCAGGGAGGAGCAGAGCUAAUACAGGCCAUACAGAGCAUCACCUAUUUGGGAGGAAACACACAGACUGGACGGGCCAUCAAGUUUGCCGUGGACCACGUCUUCCCCUCAUCCCAGAGGGCCAGCCAAGUUAAGAACCGAAUUGCUGUGGUGGUCACUGAUGGAAAAUCUCAGGAUGAUGUGGUGGAUGCCAGUAUGGAGGCAAGAGCUCAGGGCAUUACAGUAUUUGCAGUUGGAGUUGGUAACGAGAUCACCACCUCAGAGCUGGUAUCCAUCGCCAAUAAACCAUCAUCCACCUAUGUCCUGUAUGCUGAAGAUUACACCACCAUAGACCGUAUCCGAGACUCCAUGGAACAGAAGCUAUGUGAAGAGUCUGUAUGUCCGACACGAAUCCCAGUGGCAUCUCGUGAUGAGAAAGGCUUUGAGCUGAUGGCGGGCAUGAACAUUCAGAUGAAGGCCAAGAAGAUCCCUGGCUCUCUGGUUACAGAGGCAGCAUACGCCCUCACCGCCUCCACAGACAUUACUGAGAAUACCAGGGAGAUUUUCCCAGAAGGUCUCCCUCCAUCCUAUGUGUUUGUGGCCACCCUGCGUCUAACAGGGUCUUCUAGCAAGCUGACCUUUGACCUUUGGAGGGUGCUGUCAAAAGAUAAGGAGAUCCAGGCUGCAGUGACACUGAGUGGGAAAGAUAAAACUGUCACCUUCACCACUACUGGUAUAACACAAAAGGAGCAAAGAGUCAUCUUUAAAGCUGGCUUUCAGACUCUGUAUGAUGGAAAAUGGCAUCAGCUCAAACUUCUAGUGAGGCCACGCCAGGUCACCAGUUUCCUUGACGAUCAACUGAUCCAGGAAGUCAUUUUGGAACCAGUGGAGCCCAUUUACAUCAAUGGGGAGACACAGGUGGCUAAGAGGAGAGGAAUGCGCAUCACUGUGCCUCUGGAGAUUCAGAAGCUGCGUCUGUACUGUGAUCCUCAUCAGAGCGAGAGAGAAACAGCUUGUGAGAUCUACUCUGUGGAUGAUGAAAGGUGUCCUCUGAAUCGAACAGCCACUGUGGAGGAGGAAGACUGCAACUGCGUAGUCGGACCACCAGGGCAGCGUGGCCCGCCAGGACGCAUGGGUUUUCGAGGGGAGAAAGGAAGGGAAGGGCCGCCAGGACCUGAUGGUAAGCCUGGUAAGGAUGGAAAUCCUGGAGAACCUGGUCCUCCUGGGUUACCAGGGCUGAAGGGUGAAAGUGGCCCUGCAGGACUGAGUGGGGAGCCUGGUCUACAAGGUAACAAGGGAGACAGAGGGGAGCAAGGCUUACCGGGAGAACCAGGAUCCCCUGGACUCAAGGGUCUUCCUGGUGAAAGAGGUGAACCAGGACCUCAAGGAGAGGCUGGAUUAGUGGGGGAGCCAGGACGACCAGGCACCGGUGGAUUGGUUGGACCACCAGGACCAAAGGGAGAGAAAGGAGAUCCUGGGUCAGCUGGAGCUGCUGGAGCUCAAGGUGCCCCGGGUGUCCAGGGACCUCCUGGCGAAGUGGGCCCAAAGGGACCUCUGGGAGAGAGAGGGUUGCCUGGGCCACAGGGACUACCUGGCAUCAAGGGAAUCCAGGGGCCCCGGGGGCCGCCCGGAGAGAUCGGCCAAGAUGGUCCCAAGGGAAAGUGUGGAGAUCCAGGGGUCGCUGGCUCUCUUGGUCCACCAGGCCAGAAGGGCUCAACAGGGGAGCCAGGUUUUCCAGGACUGCCAGGUAGCAUGGGGCUGCCAGGGUUCAAAGGUCAUAAGGGGGAGAGAGGAGAGCCUGGUCCUAAAGGAAAGCAGGGGGAGAGAGGCAGAGAUGGAGAUCCAGGGGAUCCUGGUGUGCCUGGCGAAGUGGGACCCAGGGGAUGGAAAGGAGAGAAAGGUGUGACAGGUGACGUGGGCCUCAGAGGGCCUGAAGGAAAGAAGGGGGACAUGGGCCACAUGGGUCCAGCUGGUCCCAGGGGAUUUCCUGGCCAGGAUGGGUUGCCAGGCCAACCAGGUCAGCCAGGAUAUCCAGGAAAACCUGGCAAGCCUCCCUCAGAUGAACAUCUUCUAAAGCUCUGCACUGAUGUUCUGCGUAACCAACUCCCAGCAUUGCUCCAGACCCUGGCCCCCCCAGCUAGGUGUGAACCCUGUCAGAGUGUGAAGGGACCCCCGGGUGAGCCAGGAGCACCGGGUCCCAAAGGCUCCAUGGGAACUCCAGGCUAUCCUGGCAGGAGCGGCGCUCCCGGUUACCCAGGACCUCCUGGAAUGCAGGGUCCUGCAGGCCUCAAAGGUGACAUGGGACCAAGAGGACUCAAAGGCAGCAAAGGAGAAGGUUACCGUGGACCUCCGGGACCACCUGGACAGCCAGGAAUUCAGGGUCCUCGUGGCUUUGAUGGAAUCGGCCAUCCAGGAAAUCAAGGAAUUCCUGGAAAACCAGGACCCCCAGGAGAUCCUGGUAAACGGGGCAGCCCGGGGCUUCCAGGGAUGUGUGAUAUUUCCAUGUGUUACCAGACCUACAACCUCAGGGAACAUUACAGUAAAGGACCCAAUGUAUGAUGACAUAGCAGUGUGGGCGAGGCAAGUGUUUUGAGGAAGCGACUAUAUUACUGUAUUACAGAUUUACAGACGUGCGUGGGACUGUCCUUUAUGACCGAGUAUGUGGAAAACAGCUGCACUGGAGGCAGACAAACCCUCAUUAUUUGAGUUUUACUGAUAUGGGCAGGGCAUUUAUUCAUGAUUAUGGAAUUCAUGAUCAAAGACGGUCAGCAGGCUAGCAGUAGCUUACUGAGAUACAAGACUAACAUGGCUACUUAAUAUUUUAAACUUGCAAAGUUUGACAGCAGGUUUAAAUGGUGAUUUCUAAUCCUGAGUAGGUCUGAUGAGCACCAAAAUGGUUAUAACUGAGCUGUGUUGUUGUUUUGGAUAACUAGCAUGAGAAUUAGGAUUUGGGAUAACAUAACAAAAUAGCUACCUCCUCUUUUACCUGAGUCACUCUUUAAGUUAGUGAUAAAGAAGGCUUUGCUAACAAGACAAGAUGCUAACAUGCUAGCAUCACCAGCAGCCUGGUCGAACUCCAACACAACCUGCACGCACCAAAAACAGACAAAUCUACUCAAGGAAAUUUCAAUGUAAUCAAUACAAGGUUAUCGUGUAUUAAAAUGAAGCCAAAUAAGACUUUGGGCUUUCUUUUAUACUGUGAAUAAUGUGGCAAAAAAGAUGAAUUGAUAAUUUUGAAUUCUAAUAACUGUAUAUUAUUCAUGGAAAUGGGCAAGAUUAGUUCUCAUGCUGUGCUUGAACGAUGUGGUUGUUUUGACUUCACCAGUUGAGAUUUAUAUCAGCCUGUGAGGUUAGAUCUCCUUCAGUGCAGCUCUGCGUCAGAGAAAAUUAUUUUAUCUACAACUUCAAGUGCAGUGCAGUCUUUGAUGGUGAACUGGGAUACAUCACAGUGAAGGAAUGGGACACACCAUUCACCACAUAAUUAUUUAGUGAAAGGCAAAAGAAAAGAUAACGUUCACGAAUUAACGGGAAAAAAAAGAAAAAGAAAAAAAAAAAACCUCACUGAUGAAUCAUUCCAACCACAACCUAUUUCUAUCACUGGGGCUUGUGCUAAUUCAUCACUGUGACAGACAGGGUUGUGAGAAUCCAUUCACUGACUUUUUUUUUUUUUUAACCCAUCUUUGUUUUUGUGUUCAUCAAUAUAUAGACUUAAUUUGCAUUGUUUCUGUACAUGUGGAUUACCAUAAAGUCUCAAAAAGUGACUCUAUUUACCUCAGCUGCAGAUUUAUGCAGGUUCAUAUUAUUGACAGGCCUUUAUUUUUAUUUUCCCCAUGUUUUUGUUAAGUAUAUCUUAUCAUGUUUUAGAAAGAAGCCUCCCUGUUCCCUGAUUGUCUCCCAUUUUAAAUGCUGUUUAUGCUAUAAGGUACAAUUAGUAACUCGAAACUUCCUCCAUGUGUAAUUCAUGUCUUCAAAAUGUUUGAAUAGUGUGCAUUUCCACAGCACUAAUUCCAUCAGUACAACAACAAAGUCUUGUCCUGCUCACCACUCUGUUGCACUUCAGAAAACUGAAAUACUGUUGUUUUUUUUUGUCUGUUUUUUUUAAAUUCAGUGAUCAUUUCCAGUUGCUUGCAUUCUCCAUUUGUUGCACUAGAUUAAGUUACUAUAAAUGAAUCAAUAACAUUUCCUGCAUCAACACUUCAAGUGGCUCAAAGAGCCCUACCAUUCCUUGUAGCAAAUAUCUGCAGGAACUGUUGUGUUUCACUGACAGUAACUUAACUACACUUGUAAAGUUAAAUGAUUGGAAAAAAAACUGGAACUAAAACCGUAAUUAGUCUUACAAAGAGAAAUUCAGAGUAGCAGAGUGGUGAGUAUGUUGCUGGUUUUGAGACUCUUUCAUUAUUCAAAUACUUGCUUUUAUUUGAGAAUUUAUCAUUCAUAAUGAUAAUGCAACAGAAAUGUUAAAAGAUUAACAUUUAACAUUGCCAAUAUGUUGAUUAAAUAACAGCAAAGCACCAUAUCCAUGUAGUGAUUAUCAAAUAUGGCAGUAUUAGUUCUGAGCUGGAUCAGGGAAAAAAAAAAAAAGUAGAAAUCAGUUAAAUUCAAGGAAACUGCAGCAAUCAGAGGUUCCAUCUGUGGGGAUGGAGUAAAUCCACACAAAUCUUUUGCAUCAGGUUCAAUACUGGUAAAUUUUAUGAUAUUUAAAGUGAUAAACAUUGUUAACAUUGCUGGCCUUUGAAGAAACUGAGAACUGGAGAGUCCACAAUGAAGAAACUAUGGUGGCUACACGCAAGUGUUGCACCAUUCACUUUUAUUUAACCUCCUCUGAUGGAAUAUAAACUCCUCCAUAAAAGACGGAUGGCCUGCAGACAGUUGCAAAAAGGGACGUGAUCAUUCAAGUACAUGUUUUGAAUACACGUAUGUGUGUUAGUUUACACGUUAACUUAUUUUCCCAUUACCUGCCUUGUUAACUGACAGUACAGAUUUUUCCCUCUUCAGUGUUACUGAAUUAAAUGAUGCAUAAUUCAUAAAAAAAACAAAACAGUGCAGACAAUGUAACCAAGAACCUGAGAUGUAGAGAGACAGUCAUGACAUCAAAUCCAGGCUAGCCUCUGUAACUCAAUAAAAUUUCUCAAUCAGCAUUUCUUGAGGCAUGUUACCGGGGUUUACUUCCCAUAGUCUAAGACAAAACAACUCCACUACAGCAGCUAUAAUACGUUGAAACCUCUGUGAUUUAACAAAGUUAAAUGAUGAUCACUUUGUGAGCACACAAAACACCAAGCUCCCAUGGAAAUUUACCAAUGUGGCAGCAAAGGUACUGACACCACUGUAUCUAUAUCCAUAAAAGUCACCCAAACUCCUCUAAACUCAUUUUGCCAGAUUUUUAAACUAAUCUCUGCUGUCUACAAACCACUCCUAUCUGUCCAUCUGUCACCACAGACACAUCUGAGCUACCCCCUCAACUCAUCCAAGAGUGUCAAGGGUUCAUGGGAAAUUGUAUUCCCUGAAGGCCUCUAAAAACAGAAAUAAAUACUGACAUAAUGUUGAGAAAGGCUCUGGAUUUUUAGUCAUUAGCAUAGUUACAAAUGUCAGUGUGUCAGUUUUACUUACUGAAUAACACUAGAAUGUUUGCAGCAGUUUGACAUGCUAGGUUGCCCGCUUUUCAUUUUCUCUGUAGCACCUUCUGGAAUGAUCAGACCUUUAGUCUGUGGUCUGUGCUCUGUUGACAUAGCUUUGUGCACUGUGCUGGCAUAUGAUUGGCUGCCUGGAGUCACAAUCACAAAAGCACUGAGCCAUACACUUUAGAUUCCUUACAGUUGUAUUUGUUGGCUUCCUCAUUCAGUGAAGCAUCUGCUUCCCUUGUCUAUGUUGUUACUCUGUUAUGCAAUGUCAAGUCUAGAUAGAGUGAUUUUAGCAACAGUUCGCUUCUACAGAUUCACCUACAGCAAUAAGCAGGGAAACUGUGUUUGCAAGGAACAAGUCAAGUUUCCCCCCAGAAUUCAGAUUACUGAUUUUCCAGAGCCUUUUACAAAAAAUUGUUGGGUUUUUUUUUUUGUUGGUUUCUUGUCCCAUUUUCUUGAGAAGAGAGACUUAAAAUUCCAUGUGGCUAUGACUGAUUAUCAUCAUAAAACUCUGUCAAAGACCUGGAACCUUUCCACAUGCCCUGUGCCCUGUGGGAUUCAGAUCUCAGGAUGCCUGUUUCCAAACUGUUGCUUGUUGCUCUAAAAUUGUACAUUUUAACUUGGAAGGUUUCAAAGUAUCGCAGCUGUAAGAGUCUUGAGCUGUCAUGUACAGAGUCAUUCAAGUCUUAAAAUGUGGUCAGAAUGUACAUGUGGGCAUUGAGCCAACAGUCCUGCUAGAGGGGCGGUGAAGAGCGUCAAUGUGCUCAUUAAAUUUCAUGUAAAGAUCUACCUGUUAGAUGUUUUUAUGGACAUUUGGACAAAUAUGUCAUUAUUGGGCUUGAGACUUAAAUUCAUGGAGGUUUCUGAUUGGCGGAACACAUCAUAAAAUGACAUUAAGUUGUUGAAUCAACUUCAAAUGCUGAAAACUAGCUGACCUGGAUGGACAUGUGUCAUUCUUCGAGCAGGUGAUUAGAAAAUCAUCUUUGCUUUUUUUGCUAGAGACUAAAAGUUCUUGCCCUAUCCUGCUCCAAUUUUAACAUCUUUUGAGUUCUAAUACAUCGUGAAACUGCAAUCCUAAAUUAUUGGAGUACCCCUUCAUCCUCGAGUUUUACUAGCCUGAACCUAACAAUACAUGGGACACACUGACAUCAACCAUGUACAAAAGUUUGUGGUCAUUUAAAUGAAUAAAUAUUGAAUGUUGGUAGUAAUGUUUGUACAUCCAACCACCCACUGCAGCCUCCCACCGAGGGCUUUUUGUAGCAGUACAUCAGUGUCACAUUAUUUCCACUUUAGCUACUGACUAAGCCCCUGUUUUUCUGCUGAGUACAGUCACACAUUUAAUGCUGUGACUUAGUCUGAAAGGUGUAGCCGUAGGUGGAUUUAACACAGUAUCAUGAAAAGCUUUUUAUGUUUGUUUUGGAUAUUCUAUGUAUGACCUGUCCUUCAUUAGUGCUGACACCCACAGUAAAAGGUGUCAGCUUAUCAGUAACAUUCUUCAGUUAAUCUUCUGCUGCCGAUGGUGACAUGAUAAGACAUGUUUGGCAUUUUGAGUUUUGUGAUGUAAUUAUUUCAUCGUUUCAGAAUACAGGGGUUAAAGUCUUUAACAAGGUUCUUGUGUAGGACUUGUUUGCAUUUCUGUCUGUCCUCUGUAAUUGAAAUAUAUUCCAAGAAGCAUCCAUUUGUAUCAUUUCCAAUGUUAAUAUUAUUUGUAAUAUCCAUAAAUGCUGGAAAAAUGUAGUGUUUACAGUGAUAUUUUUGUACAUAUGAUCAGCAACUUUUGAAUUUACACUACAUUAUUAUGUUUGUUGUAAAAUUAUUUUAUAUUAAAAUAAACUUUAAUUA